UUUAGGAGAGGAAAGUGUUCUGUUUGGUUGAACGAAAAAUCUUGCCGCAAGGAAUAGAAAAGUGCAAGAAAACAUUCGUUUGCGGCAUAAAAGUUCAAGAAAAUAGGAAUGGGGAGUGAGAGCAAGAAUCGGAAUGGUGACGGUUGCGGCGGAGAAGGAGGAGAGGCGACGGCGGCGCAUGGUGUACCGGCAGUGGCGAAGAAGGUGGUGCAGAGAGUAAAGGAGAUCGUGAACUGUACGGAGCAGGAGAUCUACGCUGUGCUCAAGGAAUGUGAUAUGGACCCUAACCGCGCAGUCGAGAAGCUUAUCGCUCAAGAUACUUUUCAUGAGGUUAGAAGCAAACGUGAAAGAAGAAAAGAGAUGAAGGAGGCCUUGGAUUCGAGGACUAGGGGUAAUAACUUGGGGUUGAUUCGUGGAGGCAAAACUGGCACUUGCUGUGAUCGUAGUGUUGUGCACGGUGGAUUAACACAUGUGACUUAUAAUGAACAUGGUAAAGCUGUUGACAAUGGAGAGGUUGGGUUAAAAUGUCCUUUGGAUACGUUUUCCACAACUCAUGUUGUGGGGAAAAAUACAAAGAGUGAUUCUUUAAGUACUGAUAAUGGAAGACAGGCAUUCAGAACAGGUGACUCCAUGUCAGAUUCUGCCCAAGUCUCUUCAGGACCUCAAUCCUCAUUGAUAGGAGUGAGCAAAGGACAUCUUUCAAUGGCAGACGUUGUAAGAAUGGGUACAACAUCUCAAGUUGCUGUUUCACAUAACCAUUAUAAUACCUCACAAGUUUCUACAGAUGGAAAUUCAGAGUCAAGCUUAAGUCUGCACUGUCAAAAGCAUUCUGAGCAGCCUGUUUUUCAUGAUGAAUGGCCUGUAAUUGAACAACCAAUUACUGGAAAUUCACAUGCACUAAACAUGUCUGCUUCAUCAAAUUCUAAUGAGCUGUUCAAGCAUCCUAACUUGCAUGAUACUGCAGUUAGUUUAUGCAUGAACCGUGAAUUAGAUGCAGCCCAAGUUUCACGGGGGAAUGUUGCUAUUGAAUCUGCCUCUAUACAUAAUGUUACGAGCAGCAACACUGGACUAGGAUCUCAGUCGAACUCUAACUUAAAGAAUAGUUGUUCUUCUGAUUUUCAUAGUUCUUGUGAGCAUCAUGACGAUGUGUCAUCAACUGCUUCAGAUUUCCACCGGCUAAGUAUAAGAGAAUCCAAACUGGAAGAGCCAUCAUCCGAAGAUAGCCCUACUGUGGUUCUUCCAAAUCAUUUACUAGCCUUGGCUGCUAAUUGUUCACAUUUGAGUUUCGGUUCAUAUAAUGGUGGCAGAAACUCUGCAUCUUCUGCAAUUUUUGCAUCUAACCAUAUUUCUAGAAGUGGCUUGGAAGAAAAGUCUGCAGCUGUAGAUGGUUCUUCGGCUCAGUUCCUGGACGCAAGUGCUCUAUACCCUGGAGAUAAACAGCUUGGAUUUGAUGCUUUUAGAGGAACAGCAGAUUAUGAAAACCAUGACAUACUUUCAUCUCCUCCGCAAGAGCUUGAGAAGUAUAUUGUUCCGGAGGAAACUCUUGGGCAUGACUACAACACUAUGGUAUCUGCAUCAGUUCCUUUGAAGAAGCCAGACUUGCUGAUUGGAAACCAUUCUAAUUUUCCAAGAGAACUGCAUGCUGAUUCAAAUUCAAUACCUGGUGAUUUGUUGGCAUUCCUCAUGUCGCAAUCUCAACCUGCAAUAUACAAUAAUGCAGUAUCAUCCAUACGCAAUCCUGCCAUCUCCAUGUCCGAGGUCAUGGAGCCAGGCGCCUUUGCUUUACCUAACAGAUCUGCACUUCCCCAAGAUCUUACAGUGAAAUCCUCACUACAUUUUCAACAAUUGCCUGACACAGAAGGAUAUGGUUCCCUGCCCCAGAAUCAGUCAUAUAUGACAACCACCAAUUCACCUCAAACAUUUUCAGGCAAUAAUGCAUACAAUCAAUCUCAUGUAGACAUGAAGUACAACAUUGCACAAAAUAGAAAUGAAUUACUUAUGAGUAGAUUUCCUCCUGCCACAGCCAGAGAUGCAUUCGGUUAUGAAAAUCUUGGCUCUUCCUUCUAUAGGCCUGGAAACUUUCUGUCUAACCCAUCUCUUGGUGGUUAUAUGAUGCCUUCAAGUAGCUUUGAUCAGAUUUUACCUUCUCAAUACAACGGUGGUCGUAACUUAAGCUCUAUUCAAGAGCAUGGUAGCUUUUCUCAAUGGGAUUAUGGAGCUGAGUCUAGAUCUUCGCUCCCAGAGAGAACCCGGGAUAACAUCCUGGGACAGCCAAGUCAGGCUUCCCUGUCACAAUAUACAAGUCGGGGUUAUUCAGACCUUUAUCCUUCCCGGACACAGAAUUUGGAAGAACUUCAGCCGUCAGGUAGUUUUCAAGAUUUGUCAUCCAAGCAAUUGCAUCAAUUUUGGAAGCACAACCACUAACAGUAUACAUCCUGCUGGUUUUUUCUCCCCCCUUUUUUAAUGAGGAAUUAAUGUAGCAGGUUUAAGUGAAUUAGGGUGCUAUUAUUUUCAUUUAGGUGCUUGUGCGUUAAUUCAAUUGUACAUACUUCAAAGAGAAUUGAACUUGUCUUUUGUAGUUCUGGCUUAUGCGUUGAUUUUGUUGUAUUACUUAGGCAUCGA